UCCUUCCAGGGCCCGCCCUCUGUCCGCCCCGAAACCUCCAGAUUCGUAACCCCUGGACCCCGUAGCCCCUUAGCCGUAUCCACAAAUGUUUCCCCACUCACACUUUUUUGUUUUUUCUUUCCCCUUUGCCCCUCUUCUCCUCGUGCUGCUUUUUACCCUUGAGUUUUUCUCUUUCUCUAUAUUCUUUGACCCUAAUUUUAGCAAGCUUUCCAUCCACCCACAUGUUGUUCUUUGCCUUACCUAUCCCUCUCCUUUUUAUCCCCAGGAUACUUUUUUUUAUUUUGAAACUCUUUGAACAUGUCCAUCGCCCCUCACAUUUCCUAUACGAAAAGUACAUUUUUAAUGUUUCCUGGGUGUAAUUUUGUGCCAGGGAAGAAUUGAGGCCCAGUUUCAGCACUGCUAAGCCAAACCAAGAUCACUCCAUGGAUGAAAUGACAGCCGUGGUGAAGAUUGAAAAAGGAGUUGGUGGCAAUAAUGGGGGCAACGGUAAUGGUGAUGGUGCCUUUUCUCAGGCUCGAAGCAGCAGCACAGGCAGUAGCAGCAGUGGAGGAGGAGGAGGGCAGGAAUCCCAGCCAUCCCCUCUGGCUCUGCUGGCAGCAACUUGCAGCAGAAUUGAGUCACCCAAUGAAAACAGCAACAACUCCCAAGGCCCAAGCCAGUCAGGGGGUACAGGUGAGCUUGACCUCACAGCCACACAGCUCUCACAGGGUGCCAAUGGCUGGCAGAUCAUCUCUUCCUCCUCUGGGGCUACCCCUACCUCAAAGGAACAGAGUGGCAGCAGUACCAAUGGCAGCAAUGGCAGUGAGUCUUCCAAGAAUCGUGCGGUCUCUGGUGGGCAGUAUGUUGUGGCCGCCACCUCCAAUUUACAGAACCAGCAAGUCCUGACAGGAUUACCUGGAGUGAUGCCUAAUAUUCAGUAUCAAGUAAUCCCACAGUUCCAGACCGUUGAUGGGCAACAGCUGCAGUUCGCUGCCACUGGGGCCCAAGUGCAGCAGGAUGGUUCUGGUCAAAUACAGAUCAUACCAGGUGCAAACCAACAGAUCAUCACAAAUCGAGGAAGUGGAGGCAACAUCAUUGCUGCUAUGCCAAACCUACUCCAGCAGGCUGUCCCCCUCCAAGGCCUGACUAAUAACGUACUCUCAGGACAGACUCAGUAUGUGACCAAUGUACCAGUGGCCCUGAACGGGAAUAUCACCUUGCUACCUGUCAACAGCGUUUCUGCAGCUACCUUGACUCCUAGCUCUCAGGCAGUCACUAUCAGCAGCUCUGGGUCCCAGGAGAGUGGCUCACAGCCCUCCACCUCAGGGACUGCCAUCAGUUCUGCCAGUUUGGUAUCAUCACAAGCCAGUUCCAGCUCCUUUUUCACCAAUGCCAAUAGCUACUCAACAACUACUACCACCAGCAACAUGGGAAUUAUGAACUUCACCACCAGCGGAUCAGCAGGGACCAACUCUCAAGGGCAGACACCCCAGAGGGUCAGUGGGCUACAGGGGUCUGAUGCUCUAAACAUUCAGCAGAACCAGACAUCUGGAGGCUCUCUGCAAGCAAGUCAGCAAAAAGAGGGAGAGCAAAACCAGCAGACACAGCAACAGCAACAAAUUCUUAUCCAGCCUCAGCUAGUUCAAGGGGGACAGGCUCUCCAGGCCCUCCAAGCAGCACCAUUGUCAGGGCAGACCUUUACAACCCAAGCUAUCUCCCAGGAAACCCUCCAGAAUCUCCAGCUUCAGGCUGUUCCAAACUCCGGCCCCAUCAUCAUCCGGACACCAACAGUGGGGCCCAAUGGACAGGUCAGUUGGCAGACUCUUCAGCUGCAGAAUCUCCAAGUUCAGAACCCGCAGGCCCAGACAAUCACCUUGGCCCCAAUGCAGGGUGUCUCCUUGGGGCAGACCAGCAGCAGCAAUACCACCCUUACACCCAUUGCCUCAGCUGCCUCCAUCCCUACCGGCACAGUCACUGUGAAUGCUGCUCAGCUCUCCUCCAUGCCUGGCCUCCAGACCAUUAACCUCAGUGCAUUGGGUGCUUCAGGAAUCCAGGUGCACCAGCUUCCAAGCCUGCCACUGGCUAUAGCAAAUGCCCCAGGUGAUCAUGGAGCUCAGCUUGGCCUUCAUGGAGCUGGUGGUGAUGGAAUACAUGAUGACACAGCAGGUGGAGAAGAAGGGGAAAACAGCCCAGAUCCCCAGCCCCAAGCUGGUCGGAGGACUAGGCGGGAAGCAUGCACCUGCCCCUACUGUAAAGACAGUGAAGGAAGAGGCUCUGGGGAUCCCGGCAAAAAGAAACAGCACAUUUGCCACAUCCAAGGGUGUGGCAAAGUAUAUGGCAAGACCUCACACCUACGGGCACACUUGCGUUGGCAUACAGGCGAGAGGCCAUUCAUGUGUACCUGGUCAUACUGUGGGAAACGCUUUACACGUUCGGAUGAACUACAAAGACACAAACGCACACAUACAGGUGAGAAGAAAUUUGCCUGCCCUGAGUGUCCCAAGCGCUUCAUGAGGAGUGACCACCUGUCAAAGCAUAUCAAGACCCACCAGAAUAAGAAGGGAGGCCCAGGUGUAUCCCUGAGUGUGGGCACUUUGCCCCUGGACAGUGGGGCAGGUUCAGAAGGCAGCGGCACUGCUACCCCUUCAGCCCUUAUUACCACCAAUAUGGUAGCCAUGGAGGCCAUCUGUCCAGAGGGUAUUGCCCGUCUUGCCAACAGUGGCAUCAACGUCAUGCAGGUGGCAGAUCUGCAGUCCAUUAAUAUCAGUGGCAAUGGCUUCUGAGAUCAGGCACCCGGGGCCAGAGACAUAUGGGCCAUACCCAUCAACCCUGGGAUACAAGGUAGCAUGGGUCCAAGAGACAUGUGGGAGAGAGAGCCAUGAGGCAUUAAAAUGCAUGGUGGUGGGAAGAAUUGGGGGAGGGAUACAAGAGAUGGGGUCCUGGCAUCCAUCUAUUAUCAUCAGUACCUCCUGAAGUGAGAAACGUUAUUGAAAAUUCUGUUGGUGCCACCCUUUAUGAGCAUUUGUUUGACCCCACACAGUUUCUUACACUUCUUUCCCCAGCUUUCCCUUCUUGCAUUUCCCUUCUCAGCUCCCCCAUGAUGGAUCCCCCCUUUCCUAAAGCCAUCAUGCCUUGAUAAAUAUAUAUGAUCAUUGAAAUACUUUUUAACAAAAAAAAAACCAGAUUCUAUAUUAUAUAUAUAUAUAUAUAUAUAUAUAUAAAAGAUAUAUAGAGAUGCAUUUGCAGGGGUUGGCUGGGAGGAGGAAGGAGACCAUUCUGUGACCAAAAAUACCUUGGUCAUUUUUUUAUAUUGCCUUAUUUCCCUAUGGCUGAGCCUUGUUGUGACACAUCAAGCUUUUCUAUAGAUGUUGUCUUGGCUUCCCACCAGAUUAAGCGUUCAUAUGCUCUGCUUUUAGUUUAUAUAUACAUACAUAAUGUUUUUUCUUAAUUUUGUCUUUUUAUUUGGGAUCAGCUUCUUGUACUCUUUUCUUGACUCAACCUUUCUGUCUCCCUUUCUCUCACCUGAUCACUUCAUGUUUUGGUUUUGAUAAUGAUCCCUGGAUGAGGCACUUCUGUCAAUCUUUUAAGGUCCUUGGUCCUAGCAGCAGAGUGGAGAGAGCCUUGAAGCCCAGGCUGAUGCUUGAGUUAGCUGUGGAGAGAGUGUUCAAAAUACUACUGACGCAGGCACCCUCUUGGCGCUGGAGAGUCCAAGGCACCUCUCCUCAUUAGCUGCUCUAAGCAUCAAGAGUCAGACGUCUUUCUAUGGAAUUGUACAAAAGACCCUUUAAAGGUUAUAUAAUCUGGGAUCAGUUUGUAUAAAUUGUCAAAAAUGGUCAAGUAAAAGCUAGGGGCUUUCAAUAGGAAAAUGAUGUGCUCAGAAGUGGAAGUGACUCAGAGUAGUCCAGUUCAGGAGUUAGUAGAGUAUUUGGACAUUUGUACAGCUGUCUUCCAAAGUAGCUCUGAGCUUUGGUGUAUGGGUUUCUGAGGUCAUAUUCUGAAAGGAAAUGCACUUCCUCUUUUGAACAUCCCCAGUAGUUUCUUUCUCAUGUUAUUAAGGAACAUCAGCCAAUGAAUCUGUUCGGGUUUCCAUUCCGCAGAACUCCAGAGCAUGUACUAGUGGCAAGGCAGAGGUUCUUUGACCUUUUCCCUUAACUCUUCCUUGGGUGGUUCCUGAGGGAAAAGGAAGCACACGAUCAUGGGAGUGAUAGCCCAGAACAAAAAGAAAUCUUGUCUUACCACUGUGGUUUAUAAGAGAGAUCGGGAGACACCAUCCUGCUUUCUCCAUGGCCUGAUUCCUGAAGAGACUGAUCCAAAAAUUAUAGCGGCAGGGAACUCUUAGUGCAUUUGGCACUGAGAUUUAAAUGCAACCAGAGUUGUCCUCAAGGCCCAGCCAUUAAAACGUUGUCUCUCUUGACCUUCUGGUAUCCUGUCAGAGAGCUUUUCACUGUGAGGAAGUGUGGAAAUGGCUGUGUGUAUGUGUGUAACCUGUUAGGUUGGGGAUAGGUUUUCUGUUAGCCUAUACUAAAAAGAGACCUGCAAUAAAAAAUUGCCCUGAUCUGAUAGAAAAUGAAGUGUUUGUGUAUGACUGUGUGUGAGUGUGUGUUUGUGCCUGUAUAUAUCUACACACAGAUGAGAAAUUAUAUUUGAAAUUGUUGGAAAAUAAAUCAAAUUCAGCUCAAAAUGCCUUUCAGGCCCAUUACCUAGAAAUCUGUCUUUAAACCUGGGUAUGUUCCUGAGGUCAUUUCUUUGCUUAUGCUAAAUUAGUUACAAUUAAUGAUGGGGGAUAUUCUACUGCACUUUUGAAGAAGAAACUAUUUUUGUGUUUGAAAGUGAAACCAACAUCCAGAACUAUACCAGAGUCCUAGUUUCUUUCAUAAGUCUUUUUACCUUGACUACAAAUAGAUGAUGCUAUGAUUCUACUAUAUAUUUUAUACCAAAUCUAUUCAAAUUAGGGUCUGGGUAAGUUUGUGUUGUUGUUUAACCUGAAAUACAAUAACUGUUAAUAUUCUAAACAGUAGUUCGCUCCAUUUGGUCCUUUCUCUGCAGACUUUAACACGCUCAGGAAUUAUUUUGAGGAACUUUCCCCAGAUCAAAUUAAUAUUGAAAUAAAAAUCAUCCAUGCCCAGCCACCUAUCACACACCCUUUAUUCCCACUGAAAGGCAGAACUCAGAACCUGUUAUUUUAUGUCUGUAAUCAUGUACAUGUAGGCAUCUUUUGGAAGAAAGGGGCAGGAUAACUCACCAUAGCGUGUAGUAUUUUGCUAGAGAAUUUCAAGGAAUGGAAUCUUCCCCAGUAUGAAAUUAUUUGAUAUAAACCAGCUUAAUGAUGCUGAGGACUACAGGUGUUUAGAAGGUUAUCUCAUGAUGAUUUUGUCUAGGUUGGAAUGCUGGUUUACCCUCGACCCUCCAUUAACAUUGCUAUAAGUGAAUUCAUAAUCCGUUCUUUCCACUUACCCUCUUUCCUUAUCACCAAGGAAGCUCCAGAUCCAGUAUCUUGUUUGGCCCCCAAACUGAAGCAGCUUCUGCUCUUGUCUCCCAGCAGCAGUGAGCCGCUCAGUCUUUUCCACAGGGAGUUAGGAGCCUACAUUCCUUGAGUCAUGAGCUUAUUGCUGAAAAUCCCUUUCCCUGAACAUUUUGGCCAGCAGAAAUUAAUGUAACUGACAGGCAUAUUGAUUCUAACAUUUUUUUCAUGAGUUGCUUUUUUAUUUAAAUUUUUUAAAUGACCAAACCUGUGGGGCAGGGGAUGCCCAGAGGAGUGGUAAUAUUAAAGCACUCAUUCCCUUGCCCUUUCAGGUUGCCUAUUCACAUUCAUCUGCGUGCCAUUUGACUGUCUCACUUUUAACCCAGAGCAGUAACAACCCACACCAUCUUCCUUCAGGGACCUCCCAGCUGGCACCCUGUUUGUGGGUGCUAUGCAGAAUGCAAUUUAAUGGAUAUUUCUCAGCCUGAUUCAGAAUAAAUAGAACCCUUGAUCCCAGAAAGUAUAGACUGAAGUGUGGGGUAAAGAUUAUGAUUGGGGGAGGGUUAGAGACAAAAGCUGUAAAUUACUAUGGCUGAUUGAUUUAUUUCUACUAUAUACAUAUAUAUAUAUAUUUUUUGCUUUUGUAUAUCCUAUAUAGGAAACUAAGCAUUGUAUUUUUUUAACAAAUCUGAGAAAGCACUAUGAACUGCAGAUGUUUGACUUUCAGAAUAUAUUUUGUAUUGUUAAUAUCUUCACAAUGUGUGAAUACUGGAAGCUGCAGAUCUUUGCUAGGACGCAAUAAAUUUAUAUACUUUGUGAGGGGUUCUUCUGGGGGUAUUAAUCAGGCCCCUGUUAUGCUUUGGGGGAGCCCUGGUGCUACUCGCUUAGAGUUUUCAUUCAAUUUUAAGUACCCUGAUGCCUUUUGGACCUUGGGAUCAAAGCAAACAAUUUUUGGAGAUCCCGGUACCAAGGAAAUGUGGAUAGUCUAGCUGCCUCAAGUGAGGGACCCUUAGCAUAGCUCUCCUUCCCCCUAUUCAAAGCUGGGUAGCCUCUUGGGGUGGGGAAGAGAAAUGUGAAAUCUCAGAGUUUCAUCUCCCUUAGAAGAGAGCCAGUAACUUAUAUGCAAGGAUGAAAGGUGGCAGCAGUAGUUUUGGGGAAAGGGAGGAGGAUAUGGCACUCCUCCAAUCCCGGAAAGCAUUGCUUUUGAAACUGCUGAUAAAACAUGGGCAGGUUAUUACUUUUGUUUUGGAGCCUGUGUUCUCUCUGGUGCCUCUCUUGGCUCUCCUCCUGGGGUACAGACCUCUUCUAGGAGGAUGAGCAGACCAGCUUUGAGGUUGACCUGUUUCUUUUCUUUGUCUGCCUUCCCUAAACACCAGCCCCCAGGAGGAUAUUAAGCAGCCUUAAGCUUAAAUUCCUACUCCCUCUUCCCAGUUUGGCUCACUUGCCUUAGAGUGAAGGCUAGGAAAGGAAAAAAAAAAGGGGGGGUGGGGAUUCCCUAGCUUCAUUCCUCCCCUAGAUCUUUCCAGUUUGACUUCCCCAAACCCAGAAAGAUUUCCUCUACCACAUUCGAGAGAAAUGAGUACCUUGUCCCCUUUUCCUCUUUCCUUAUUGUCAAACAGUCCCAGCCUUCCUUGUCCCUUUUAAGUGAGAAGAGGUGUGGUGAUCUGUCCCUCAACUCCCUUCAGUAUCAAAAAAAAAAAAAAAAAAAAA